GUAAUAUAGAGUUUGAUUCGAUGUAUUAUCGUGGAAUUACAAGAUUUGACUGAAGAAACAUACCUGUGAUGUUCAUAGCACAUCACAAUAAAUCAUCGUGGUAAAAACGUGAUUUUUCAUCAUUUGCAAAAUGAAAUCAAGGAUUAUUCUAUGCCUGUUUGCGUUUUUUGUGAUGGUGUUCACAUCAGAUACUAAAAAGCAAAAAGCGAAAUCGUGGAAAGACAAGGAUAUGAUGUUUUUGACGGACGCUGAAGCAGAACGUUUACUGGAACAGUGGGAAGCAAAUGAUGAUCCCCUGGAGCCAGACGAGUUGCCAGAACACUUGCGACCUGCUCCGAAAAUAGAUGUAUCCAAGCUAGACAUAAAAAAUCCAGAGAGUAUGUUAAAAGUGACAAAAAAAGGAAAAGGUGUUAUGAUGUUCAUAGAUCUUCAGCCAAACAUCUCAGAGGAGCAAGCUGACGUCAUGACACGUAUUUGGCAAACUGGCCUACAAAACCAUCAUAUCACUAUAGAAAGAUAUCCAAUUGAAAAUAAACGUUACAUAUUCAUGUUCCAUGACGGAGCUCACGCUAUCGAGGGUAAAAAUUAUUUACUACAGCAUUCUGAAGUAGCAUUCAUCACGAUCGAUGGACAGUCAUAUUAUCCACCAUUACCAGAGGGACAAAGCAUUAUAAUCGAUGAGUCGAUGAAAAAGCUUAGUGCCAAGAGAUCGAAAAAGGAGUUGUAAUCUCAUGUGCUCCAUGCAUUAAUUUCUGAAACGUUUUUCCAUUUAUCUAUUUUUUAUACUAGAAAUUCUUUCAAGAAAUUUCCUUUUUCUACCUUAUUUACAA